UUAAUGACAAAAAGAGAACAGCAAGUACUUUAAAAUCUUAUAAGAGACAUCUCUCUCACUUGGCAUUUGGUUCAUUCCGUCACCGAAAAAAGAAAAGAAAAUAAAAUGGGGGAUCAAUGCAGUCCUCUGAGCUGGGGUUGGUACAACCAAGAAGAGGAAAUUGAAGAGUUCAAACAUUCUCUUUUUUACACAACUUGGGAGCUAGAGGCAACAAUUGCGUCUGCUCAAGAAGAAAUUGGAAGAAAAGAAGACGAACUGAUAUAUAUCAAACUUUUAUUGACAAAGACAAUGAAAGAGAGAGACGAAGCCCAAGCAAAAUGCCAAAGACUAAUGUUGGAGAAUGCCAUCCUCCAGCAGCAACAGCAGCAGCAGCAACAACAACAACAACAACACCAACAACAAUUAGAAGCUGCUCAUCUGCCGGGGGCCAAGGGCAAUGAAGAUGAACAUAGAGGUGGUGAGUCCAACAAUGGAUUCUCAUACUCGGAUUCCAACGAAAUCGCCAUUGCUUCACCUGGUAUGGACCCAAUUUCACCACCACCACCAUUACAAUUUCCAUUGGCAUUGCCACUAGAACAAGUGACAGAAAAAUUGGCAUCCAGAAAGCAGUUACCGGAGAAAGGGAAGUUUUUGCAGGCGGUGAUGGAAGCAGGACCGCUGCUUCAAACACUGCUACUGGCUGGACCGCUUCCUCAGUGGCAGCACCCACCUCCCCAACUCAACUCAAUUGAGAUUCCACCGGUGACCAUCCCUUCACCGGUGCCGCAGCUUCUCCACCAGGAGUCUUGUGUUAGUACAAAUGGCUGUUUCAGCAUGAAGAGGGGUACUCAGGUGGUCUGUGAAGUCUCUGAUUCUUCCCCAAACACCAAGUAUCAAAAGGUUGUUCACCAAUCACCAUUGACCAAUGCCUAAUGGAAUCGAUGGCUAGAAAUCAAGAACUUGGACACAAAGAAAUAUCAAGAAAAACUAUGUGCGGUGCAGAUUCAUUAAAAGUGUGAGUCCCAUCAUUCAAGAGUUAAAUCUGGAUCACAGAUUGUUUUUCUGAAUAUCUUUUUCGUAAUGCCUAGUAGCAUUACUGCUUAAAAUUUGUAAACUAGUUUUUUUUUUUUUUUUUUAGAAAUUGAAGAUCCUAACCCCCGAGAGAGACUCUGAAAGAGCAAUAUCUAAAAUCUUUUCAUUUUUCAAUUUUCCUUAGCUUUUUUCAUGAUGGAUGGAGACUUUGAUCUUUCCUUUGCUACUAUAACUAUAAUUUUCAUGUAAAAUUAGAACUUGGGGCUUAAAUUCUCCAAAAAAUAGUGGAGAAUUCAUGUGGAGACAUUAUUAUCUUUGCUUAUACAUAAAUAUAUAUGUAAGCCAAUGUUGGUA